GUGAAUGCUCAGAGAGGCAAUUAGGUCUGGAACCUCAAUGCUGACUAGUGAGGGCCUUGGGCUGCCAGCAGAAGGCGGAAGAUGGAUCAGGUGGCAGCCUUGGAGCUCAGGUCUGUGGACCUGCUGGUCCCCAGGAACAACAAGGAGCACCACACACAGGAGAUGGGCCUGCGGCGGCUCAUCGUGCGCCGUGGGCAGCUCUUUCAUAUCCGGCUGGGCUUCCAACGGCCCUUCCAGCCCCACGCCGACUACAUCACCUUUGUGGUGGAGACCGGACCGGAACCCACCGAGCUGCUGGGGACCCGAGCCACGUUCCCACUCACCCAGGCCCCGCGUGGGAAUGUCUGGCGGGUUUCUGACUUUGCCAUCGACUCCAGCUUCCUCCAGGUCUCCCUUUCCUCCCCAGCCAACGCAGUUAUUGGUCACUACACUCUCAAGAUAGAGCUCUCUCAGAGUCAGGGGCACCGUGUGACUUCCCCACUGGGGACCUUCACCCUGCUGUUCAACCCUUGGAGCGCAGACGACGACGUCUACCUGCCAAGUGAAAUGCUGCUGCAAGAGUACAUCCUGAGAGACUACGGCUUUGUCUACAAGGGGCACGAGGCGCUCGUCACCACCUGGCCCUGGAACUAUGGGCAGUUCGAAGAGGACAUUCUGGAUAUCUGCUUUGAGAUCCUGAACAAAAGCCUGCACUUCUUAAGCAACCCGUCCCGAGACUGUUCGCGGCGGAGCGACGUGGUGUACGUGUGCAGGGUGGUGAGCGCCAUGAUCAACAGCAACGAUGACAGCGGUGUGCUGGAGGGCAACUGGGGCGAGGACUACUCCAGGGGGCUCAGCCCGCUGGAGUGGAACGGCAGCGUGGCCAUCCUGCGGCAGUGGUCAGCCGGGGGCGGGCAGCCUGUCAAGUACGGACAGUGCUGGGUCUUUGCCUCUGUCAUGUGCACGGUAAUGCGAUGCUUAGGUGUUCCAACCCGUGUUGUUUCCAACUUCCGUUCUGCACACAAUGUGGAUGGGAACUUGACCAUUGACACCUACUACGACCAAAACGCAGAGAUGCUGCCGACUCAGAAACGAGAUAAAAUCUGGAAUUUCCACGUCUGGAACGAAUGCUGGAUGAUCCGGAAAGACCUCCCACCCGGAUACAAUGGGUGGCAGGUGGUGGACCCCACCCCCCAGCAAACCAGCAGUGGGCUGUUCUGCUGCGGCCCCGCCUCUGUGAGGGCCAUCAGGGAAGGGGAGGUGCACCUGGCCUACGACACCCCUUUUGUGUUCGCCGAGGUGAACGCUGAUGAAGUGGUGUGGCUGUCCAGGGAUGGCCAGGCCCAGCAAGUGCUGGCCCACGACAGCCGCUCCAUCGGGAAGGAGAUCAGCACCAAGGCGGUGGGCUCAGACCAGCGCCAGGACAUCACCAGCUCCUACAAGUACCCAGAAGGAUCUCCAGAGGAGCGCGCCGUGUUCAUGAAGGCUUCCCAGAAAAUGCUGGGGCCCCACAGGGCCUCUUCGCCGCUCCUGGAUCUCCUGGGGUCCAGGGGCUUUGAGGACCAGCCGGCGCAGCUGCAGCUUCACCUGUCCAGGACGCCCGUGUGGGGCCAGGACUUGCUGCUGAUGCUGCAUGCCCAGAGGGUGCCAGACACAGCCCACGGCCGGGGCCCCAUGGGAUUGGUGGUACGGUUCUGUGCACAGACCCUGCUGCACGCAGGCGGCACCUGGGGGCCCCUCUGGAGGCAAACGGUGCACCUGAACCUGGACUUUGGGAAGGAGAUCUGGUGGCCACUCCUGCUGCCCUACAGCACGUACAGAAACAAGCUGACGGACGAGAAGCUGAUCCGCGUGUCGGGCAUUGCUGAGGUUGAGAAGACAGGAAGAUCCAUCCUGGUCCUGAAGGACAUCUCUCUGGAGCCGCCCCACUUGUCGAUCGAGGUGUCUGGAAGGGCGGAGGUGGGCAAGGCGCUCAGAGUCCACAUCACCCUCACCAACACCCUCAUGGUGUCUCUGAGGAACUGCACGAUGGUGCUGGAGGGCAGCGGCCUCAUCAGCGGGCAGCUGUCGGAUGACCUUGGGACGCUGGAGGCGGGACACACCAUGCAGAUUCAAGUGGACCUGUACCCCAUCAGGGCGGGGCCCCGCCAGCUGCAAGUCCUCAUCAGCAGCGACGAGCUCAAGGAGAUCAAGGGCUACAAGGACAUUUUUGUCACUGCAGCGAGAGUUUCCUGA